AUGAUUUCGACCAAUGUCCCCUUCAGUACCGUGAAUCGCCUGCUUGUAUCAUCGCAGCAUAAGCUUCCUGAACUGCCUCGAGACCCGCAGACACUGAUGAGAACACCCCGGUCAUGUCCAACUAGAGAAGUCUCCCCAGGAGAAUACAUCCACUUGGGUAUUGCGAACGGGCUUCGCCGGGUUGUGCCGAUGUACUUGCCACCCCAAUCUCAUAUUAUCCAUUUACAUAUGAAUGUAGAUGGGAUGAAGCUGCACAAUAACGGUACAACCGUAAUCUGGCCUAUACUAGCACGUAUUGUGCGGCCCUUCACUAGCCCGGUAUUCCUUGUUGGGCUUUAUGGAGGAGUUCGUAAACCCGAGGACGUUUGUACAUACCUGCAUGACGUAGUGCAGGAACUGGAAGAUCUCCUGCGUCUGGGAGUUGUCGUUAAUGACCUGCAUCAUCAGGUCGUGUUGGAUGCAAUUAUUUGUGACAAACCGGCACGCUCCUUCGUCACACGAAUGAGAGCACACAAUUCCUACUAUGGUUGUGAUAAGUGCUGCAUAAAGGGACAAUACUUCCAAACGAAGAUAACGUUUCCAUAUGGGCAGCAUGUUCUGCGAACUGACAACAGUAUACGUCGGGAUACUCGAAACAGUUUGUCUCCAUUCUUUACGUUACCCAUUGAUUUCGUUCACUGCUUCCCCAUAGAUUAUAUGCACUCCAUAUGUCUCGGUGUUGUCCGUAGAUUAGCUUCCAUUUUCGUCAACGGUGAUCGACCCGUACGCAUCGGGCCUGCUGGCUUGAACAGGGUAGAUCGGAUGAUUCGGAAUAUACGUGCCCAUAUGCCCGUGGAAUUCCCGCACGAGUUCAAAAAGGCCCGCGAACAUGAGAGGAAGUUCCAGUACACGUCGGACCUGGAGACUUCGGAUGUAACCGUUGAGGCGACACCCCGUGCCUUGUUUUGCUCAACUCCAGAGCGCAUACCCCAGCAUCCUGCACCCGUCCCGUCCACAUCCAACCAGCCCGUAUAUGCGAUGCCUCAGACGGUGCACCGUCUGCCACAGUACGCUUUAAACACCGCACCGGAGAUCCCUAUGUUUCCAGUUUUAUCCCCACCAUCUGCUCCUUUAUUCCAAACCCCAGGAAUGGCAGUACUGCUUCAGCAGAACAAACAGCUGCAUCGGAAAAUGGACACAAUGGCGGAAGAUCUUAGAUACCUGAAGAUCCGCAUUGUCAACUCUUUGUUACAAGUCCAUAGUUCUUCUGGAACUACCGGCUUUACUUUUCCCCUCCGGAGCAAACGUGAACGACAGCCACUGACAUACAAGAACAAACCCGACCCGGGAAACUUGGGCAAUAGCCUCGAUCCUGUGUAUCAAUCCGUGAAUCGUGAAUCCGUAAAACUGAAAACCAUUGCUGGCCAUAAGUGGCUUUGGGUGAUUGGAUAA